AUGACAACUUCCGGCGGUGGUAACGAGCGGUCGACACGCGAUUGCGUCUGCGAUGCCAGAAAUCUCGUCGCUCCACAUCACCGAAAGCGGUCGCUCGACACCGGCACCGAAUGCCGUUCGACCAGACGUUCGAGAAAGAAGAAGAAGAGGAGCAGGAAGAGGUGGACGUUCCGUUAUCGUUCUCCUGCGCAUAACCGUACCUCCGACAGAGGGCGCGAUCCCAGAUCACCUCUAGUCCCAAGGAAGGUCAGAUCACCUACCACACCGAACAAUGGAAUUAAGCCACAUAGGCAUAUCGACAUGCAGUAUUCAUUUCCAACUACUCAUAUGCAAAUCGCUGAACAAAUUUUCGGAUCUGAAAAUAUGAAGAUGAAUCGCAGGCACGAGUAA